AUGGUAAUAAUGACAGAUAUUGUGAAAGUACGGAAGGAAAAGAAAUGUGAGCCAUUCUAUUAUCUGGACAUCCUAAAUCAAUCUGCUAUCGACCAAAUUGUUGUCAAUCACAACAUUGACGCGAUCAUCCACUUUUCAGCAUUGCUUAGUGCUACUGGUGAAGCAAAUGUGCCUUUGGCACUCAAGGUAAAUGCCGAAGGAGUGCAAAAUAUUUUGGAAGUUGCCAAACAGCACAAAACACAAAUUUUCAUCCCGAGCAGUAUUGGCGCAUUCGGUCCAACGACACCUCUCGACCAUACUCCCGAUCUUUGUAUCCAAAGGCCACGUACAAUAUAUGGUGUCACUAAAGUAUAUGCCGAACUUCUCGGUGAAUACUAUAAUGAACGCUUCGGCGUUGAUUUCCGUUCAUUACGUUUCCCAGGCAUCAUCAGUAUUACGAAGCCAGGAGGUGGUACAACUGAUUACGCUGUUCAAAUAUUUUAUGAUGCACUGAUUCAUGGAAAACAUAAAUGUUAUUUGCACCCGAAUUCACGAUUACCAAUGAUGUACUACGAUGAUUGUAUCACUUCCAUCAUUUUAUAUCUGUCAGCGCCAGCUGAAAAAUUGAGGCAUCGAACCUAUAAUGUUACCGGUUACUCGUUUACACCGGAGGAGAUCGCUAUGGCAAUUUGCAAAGUGAUGCCGAAUUUCGAAAUGGAAUAUGAAGUUUGUCCGACUAGACAAAAGAUUGCUGAUUCUUGGCCUAAAAACUUGGAUGAUACAGGUGCAAAGGAAGACUGGAAUUGGCAGCCGAUGUAUGACAUAGAAGCAACCAUUGAUAAGAUGUUUGAUUUGGUUAAACGUCAAUUGACUGCGGAAGGUAAAAGCACAAUUAUAUAAAUAAGACAGACUUUCGAUUUAAUUAGUUUGAG